UGGAUAGAUGCUACAGAUCCCAUCAUGCCAUGCUCCACUCUCCUGCGCCCGAGAUCAAGAUACACCUCCCUCCCAAGACUGCAUGCGGGGACGUGUGGCCUCUGCAGGCCAUGCCCAGAGUAGGCUGCAUGUGUGCACUCUGUGUGAAAAAGGAUGAUAGUGAGCCAAGUGGAACGGUCUUUGCUCUCCUUUGUCAGACCGUCAGCAUCAAUAAGGCCAUUAACACACAGGAAGUGGCUGUCAAGGAGAAACACGCCAGAACAUGCAUCCUGGGAACCCACCACGAGAAAGGAGCUCAGACCUUCUGGUCCGUCGUGAACCGACUGCCCCUCUCCAGCAACGCCGUGCUCUGUUGGAAGUUCUGCCACGUGUUCCACAAGCUCCUCCGUGAUGGACACCCAAAUGUCCUGAAAGACUCUGUGAGGUACAAGAACGAGCUGAACGACAUGAGCAGGAUGUGGAGUCAUCUGAGUGAGGGCUAUGGGCAGCUGUGCAGCAUCUACCUCAAAUUGCUGAGAACCAAAAUGGAGUUCCAUAUGAAAAACCCCCGGUUCCCAGGCAAUCUCCAGAUGUCUGACCGGCAGCUCGACGAGGCAGGAGAAAACGACGUCAAUAACUUCUUCCAGCUGACGGUGGAGAUGUUUGACUAUCUGGAGUGUGAGCUGAACCUGUUCCAGACAGUAUUCAGCUCCUUGGACAUGUCUCGCUCCGUGUCGGUCACUGCUGCUGGCCAGUGCCGGUUGGCCCCGCUGAUACAGGUGAUACUGGACUGCAGCCAUCUCUAUGACUACACCGUUAAACUCCUCUUCAAGCUCCACUCCUGCCUCCCCGCUGACACACUACAGGGCCACAGGGACCGUUUCCUGGAGCAGUUCAGAAAGUUGAAAGAUUUGUUCUAUCGCUCCAGCAACCUGCAGUACUUUAAACGGCUGAUUCAGAUCCCACAGCUCCCAGAGAAUCCUCCCAACUUUCUGCGGGCCUCGGCUCUUUCAGAACACAUCAGUCCCGUGGUGGUCAUCCCGGCUGAGGCCUCGUCCCCAGACAGCGAGCCCAUCACCGAUCUAGUGGAGACGGACACAGCGUCACAACAGAGCUUGUUUGACAAUAAAUUUGAUGACAUCUUUGGCAGUUCGUUCAGUAACGAUCCUUUCAACUUCAGCGGUCAGAAUGGGAUGAACAAGGAUGACAAGGACCGGUUGAUCGAGCAGCUGUACCAGGAGAUCAGUGCGCUGAAGGAGGAGCUGGAGAACUUCAAGGCAGAGAGCCAUCGCCUAGGGGUGCAGCUGAGGGGACGGAUCAGCGAGCUGGAGGCAGAGCUAGCGGAGCAGCAGCACCUCAAGCAGCAGGCCCUGGACGAGAGCGAUUUCCUGCGCACCGAGCUGGAGGAGCUGAAGAAGCAGUGGGAGGAUACUGAGAAAGCACAGAGGAGCCUGACAGAGAUUGAGAGGAAGGCGCAGGCUAACGAGCAGCGGUACACCAAGCUGAAGGAGAAGUACAGCGAGCUGGUGCAGAACCAUGCUGACCUGCUGCGCAAGAACGCAGAGGUCACCAAGCAGGUAACGGUAGCCAGACAGGCCCAAGGCGAUGUGGAGCGGGAGAAGAAAGAGUUAGAGGACUCCUUCCAGCGCGUGAGUGAGCAGGCCCAGAGGAAGACUCAGGAACAGACAGAUGUCUUGGAAACCUUGAAGAGAGAGCUCACAGCCAGCAAGCAGGAGCUGCAGGCCCUACAAAGCACCCUGCAAUCCAGUUUGCAGUCGGAAGCAGAGCGUAGCACCAGGACAGCAGGCCUGGAGCAGGAGAGGGACACCCUGGUGGUGGCAGUGACCCAGCGCAGCCAGGAGGUGGCGGCAUUGCAGGCCGAGCUGCAGCAGCUGAAGGACGCUCUAGACAGCGAGAAGGAGAGCAGCAGUAAAUCGCUGGAGACGCUGCAGACCCGGCUGGGAGAGAAGGAGAGCCGUGAGCAGGCCCUCCAGCAGCGGCUCCUGGACGAGCAGUUUGCCUUGCUGCAGUGCACGGUGCAGGAGGCAGAGCAGAUGGUGCAGGACUCCCUGAACCGACUUGAUGACCCCGCCCACAUCAGCUGCACGAGCUCUGCAGAUUAUCUCCUGUGCAGAACGUUGGCUGCCUCCGACUGCAUAGAGCGGCUCCAGGGCGCGCAUGGCAAAUACCUUUCCAACCGCUCAGAUGUAAGCAGCCUGCUGCCAUGCGUGGCCCUGUUUGCCCAUCUCAUCAGCGACACCAUCUUGCAGGGCAGCGCCACCUCCCACAUGGUCCCUAUGGAGCCUGCUGACCUGCUGUCGGAGAUGUGUAAGCAGUGCGGGAGCGAGGCCCUGCGCUACCUUGGUGCCCUGAAAGACGAGGCCUCCCUGGGGGGCGCCGACUGCACCGCCGUCAGAAACUGCCUGAGCCGGAUCAGCGCCCUCGGAGAGGAGCUUCGGCCCAAAGGCCUGGACGUUGAGCAGGAGGAGCUGGGGGACCUGGUGGACAAGGAGAUGGCAGCUACGUCAGCAGCUGUCGAGACGGCCGUUGCCAGGAUAGAGGAUAUGCUCAGCAAGUCUCGGGCUGGGGACACCGGGGUCAAGCUGGAGGUCAAUGAGAGGAUUCUGGGCUCCUGCACAGACCUGAUGCAGGCUAUCCAGGUGCUAGUCCUGGCUUCUAAGGACCUCCAGAGGGAGAUUGUGGAGAGCGGAAGGGGCGCGGCCUCCCCCAAGGAGUUCUACGCCAGGAAUUCCCGCUGGACGGAGGGCCUGAUCUCCGCGUCCAAAGCCGUGGGCUGGGGAGCCACCGUCCUGGUUGACGCCGCUGACCUGGUGGUGCAAGGAAAAGGCAAAUUCGAGGAGCUGAUGGUGUGUUCUCAUGAGAUCGCGGCCAGCACUGCCCAGCUGGUGGCUGCCUCCAAGGUGAAAGCGGAUAAGGACAGUGCUAACCUGGCCAGGCUCCGGCAGGCAUCGCGAGGAGUCAACCAGGCCACUGCCGGGGUGGUGGCCUCCACCAAGUCAGGGAAGUCUCAGAUUGAGGAGAAAGACAGUAUGGACUUCUCCAGCAUGACACUAACUCAGAUCAAACGCCAGGAAAUGGACUCACAGGUGCGAGUGUUGGAGCUGGAAAACCAGCUGCAGAAGGAGCGCCAGAAGCUGGGAGAACUCCGCAAGAAGCAUUAUAAGCUAGCGGGCGUGGCGGAGGGCUGGGAUGAGGACGCUGCAGAGUAGCUUCCCACACCUGAAUCAGCGACCGACGGAUGCCCCUUCAGUUGGCCCUGACCCAGCUUGGUGCAGCUCUUUCUGAAGAUACAAACUAAACCGGUGCAAAAUCCACCUUGAAGCACAUGUCCUCUGCGUUCCCAAGGACCCUCCUCCAGCCGCCCGGCCGGGCAGCCGCUCCACCCUCGACUGGGCAAGUAGAAAGUGCGGAGGCCUGAAGUGCCCGGAGCAAGGCUCCCGCAGCCAUGGCAGCGCCGCUCCCCAUGGCCACGGGACACAGACUCUGCCCGCGUGUUUAGUGCAGCUGCGUUGGGUCCUGACUGUAAGCCUGGCUUCCUUCUUGCACAGACUCUGAACCGGUUUUGCCUCGGCGAUACGAGCCAGGACGCACCCUGUGCCCUGGCGGCAGCAGCUCCGAUCUGGCGGGGGGGGGCUGGGGCUUUCUGCCCCCACUGUGCUUCGCCAGCCCCCCGCCAGACGGCGCCUGUGUCACGCUGGGCAGGGCAUGGAAAUGCAGCCAAGCCGCUUCUCCUGCUGGCGAGGCUGGGCGGGCUCGGCUUGGUGCUGGGCACACUGCCCUCCCCACCCCCACGCUCCCUCUCCCACUUGCUGUUCUAAGCUGGCCCUGUGCAGCCGAGAGCCCGUGGGGGGCGUGCUGCACCCGGGGGGUGGACGACGAGUGCCUUUCACUGCUGGAAGAGGGCCAGCGUGCCACAAUAACACCUCAUCCGCGAGUGUCUUACUGCACUUGGAACGGGGCCGUCCCAGGGCAGCUGCCAGCGGAGCCCCAGCACGCAGUCCGGGGAGCCCUGGUCCCUUAAAGCCAUGUGUUAGACACCCGGUGGGGGCUGGGCUGCCGAGGCGCUCCCCCAGGCAGAGAGCAGCGCCCGCCCCUGAGCCCCCGGUGACUCGGCCUGACGGCAUGGGAGAGGGUCCGCUGUCAGCCCCAGCCCAGAGCAGGGAGCUGGUCCCUGGAGCAGAUCACACUGUUAGUGCCAGCAAUAAACCACUGACUGAGGUGCUUGGCCUGGCGCAAGCAGGAGGCGUCUUUCCGAGCUCCUGCCGCUCCAUCGCAGCCUCUGCCUUUGCCAGCGGGGAGAGUUCCCCGGGCCGCCCCCGCGGGUAAUACGCGGAGCUGCCCCACCGGCUCUGAUCCCCACCCAGUGGGAAGGGGCACUGGGCCCCCGGGUACCCAGCUCACUGAUCAGAGCAGCACGGCUGGUGCAGACUGCAGGCAGCUGGUGCUGGACGGACCCUCGGUGCUCUCCGCGGGCUGCUCUAGAAUUUGGAACAAGCACGGUCCCCUUCACUGCCUCUGUGCCCUCCAUGCUGGCGCACAGCUGGGCAUCGUCUGGGCACUGUGAGCCCGCGGGGGCAGCCCAUGGCCCGGAGAGCUGCUGGAGGGUUUGCUUGGGAAGCCAGGGAUGGGAGCAGAGCCGCGACCCCUGGGAACGCCUGCCUUCCCUUCUAGACAGGGCAGAGGAGGCUGAAGCCGCUUGGUGGCCUGUGUCAUUUCACCCCUUUCGAGGCAGCGAAUCCAAAGGCUCCCUGCUGAACUCCUUGGGGAGCUCAGUGUGGGGGUCUGAGCUCAUCCCUCCCUGGGAGCCCAGCCAGCUGCUCAGAACAUGGCCACCUCAUCUUUUCGAUCCUCCCCCUCCCUGCUCAGGCAGCACCCGCCGGGAACGGAGGGGCAGUCUGCCCUCGCAGUAACACAACACCGUCCUGCUCUGCUCGGGGAGGGGGCUUUCGGGCGCUGCCUCUCAGCCAGUGCUGACAAUACCCUCCCUGCUACCACCGUCGGGCAGUCCUGGGCUGCUUGUACCCAGCCGCCAGCCUGCACGGGGGCAGUUCAUGCAAAUCGCGACCGGUCUCAUCCCCUGGGAAUCGUACUGCAGUGAGAUGUGGAGGCGAAUUUGGCUUUGUGUGUGCGUGGCUGGUCCCCCUGUCCCUGACAGGACCCGUGGCUGCCCGGUGUGUGUGGCCGGUUCCCCUCCCCCUGCCAGGGCCAGGGGCUGCGGGUCGGUGCCCGGUUCCCCUCCCCCUGCCAGGGCCAGGGGCUGCGGGUCAGUGCCCGGUUCCCCUCCCCCUGCCAGGGCCAGGGGCUGUGGGUCGGUGCCCGGUGCACAGGGCCGGUUCCCCGGCCAGGGGCUGUGGGUUGGUGCCUGGUGCACAGGGCCGGUUCCCCUGCCGGGGCCGGGGCUGUGGGUCGGUGCCUGGUGCGUGUGGCCGGUUCCCCUGCCAGGGCCGGGGGCUGCGGGUCGGUGCCUGGUGCACAGGGCCGGUUCCCCUGCCAGGGCCGGGGGCUGUGGGUCGGUGCCUGGUGCGUGUGGCCGGUUCCCCUGACAGGGCCGGGGCUGUGGGUCGGUGCCCGGUGCGUGUGGCCGGUUCCCCUGACAGGGCCGGGGCUGUGGGUCGGUGCCCGGUGCGUGUGGCCGGUUCCCCUGACAGGGCCGGGGCUGUGGGUCGGUGCCCGGUGUGUGUGGCCGGUUCCCCUGACAGGGCCGGGGCUGUGGGUCGGUGCCCGGUGCGUGUGGCCGGUUCCCCUGACAGGGCCGGGGGCUGUGGGUUGGUGCCCGGUCUCACAUGCCGCUGGCUGGGAUGGGGUUGCCACCCAGUGUCUAAUUUGAAAACCAGCUGGUUCAAGCAGUGGCGAUAGUUGGGCCCGACUCAGACCUAGUCUGUGUCCAGCUCCGCGGAAGCCAUUGCUGCCCCCCUCCCCCCGGGGCUGAGUCUGUCCCUGUGGGAAGUGGCUGUUACCCCUUGUCAGCAAUGGCUGCAGCCGGGCCCUGGGGAAGGUCUAAGCCGGAUCUGCACGGGAGGCCUGGGGACUUGGGAGCGGCGCUCUUACAGCCUGGCCAGUCAAUCCGCCAGUCACCCGGCAGCGCUGGCCCCCUCUCUCAGGAGCCGGCCGGCCCAGCCGCCUCCAGCUAAGCUGCCAGCCGUGGCCCAGCCCAAGCCAUAGCAGGACAAGCCGGGACAGCCCAGCCUCUGUCCACACUGGCUCUGGCGUGUGGCACCACGUGCCAGUCUGGGCGCCUGUUGUGCCCGUGUAGGAGAGAACGGAGCCCCGGCCUUCAGGCAGGCAGCAUGUGGGUCUGUGGUGUUCACCACGUGGGCCCCCACGCGCCGGCCCCAGCCCCGGAUCUCUGCUCUGAGCCACUAAACACUAACCCUUGCUCCUGGGGGAGCCCAUGUGGUGCUAUGGCCCUGCCCUGCCCGUAGGGCUUAGUGCCUGGUGCUUUCACUGCCUCCAAGUCAGCGUGAUCCACGCCCGCCGCAGGCCGACAGCCUAAAUGCAGCCCCGGCUCCAAGGAGCACCCUCGGCCUGCAACUACCUCCGAAGCAGUAGGAGCUGCAGCAGGCAGGCAGGGGGGCAUGCUUACCCCCCCUUCCCCUGGGGCGGGGCGGGUCCCACCUGGGCAGCUCAACCCCAGCUACCUCAGCUCUCCAGGCUGGUGACACAGGGACAGAGCCGGGAUAGAGGGGUUGGGGGAGGUGUGG